AUGGGCGUCCUGCAGACGAUAACCGACCACUACAACUGGCAAGGGACGCCGGUGCUGGCCGCCGCCGCGACGGGGGAGAGGGCCCAAGAGCAACUAGAAGACGACAUCGACGGACCUACUACUCACGGUAAGCCUCACCAGAAUGGCCCUGUGCGCCAAAAGGGGAUACGUCGACGAGUUACGACCAUCCGCCCCGAAGUACAGGGAGGAGGAGCUAGGACACUCGCGGCGGAGACGAACCACGCGAAGCAGAAACGGCUCUUUGAGCAAAACACACUGGACAUGGACGGCGAGCACCGCGAGCGGCUGUGGGAGCUCCUGGAGUUCAAUGACACGCGGGAAGACCCCAAGGUGGCGCAGGCCAAGUACGAAGCACGGUUCGAGGUCUCAGGACGCCCGCACAAGGCCAGACUCCGCCACUACGAACCCGAAAUGCUGGAGGAGUUGAAGAAGCAGGUCGCGAAGCAACUGGAGCUGGGAGUCAUCCGACCCUCCAAGAGCGAGUGGGCUGCCGCUCCUCGCUUUGCAAAGAAGAAGACCUGA